AAGUUCCCCUCAAUAGUACCUCGCACCGGCCGCUUCCGUUUCUCGCCUUGGCAUAAGACAAGGAUAACAAAGGCAAUGGCUGAAUACUGAAAUAUUUGCUCAAUUAUCUCAAACAUUUCAGCAAAUUACGGAAUUAGAACGUUGAUAAUAAAUAUUAAAAAGUUGUGCUGUAUAAAAGAAGAAUUAUAACCAAGGAAAAUCAACAAUUGAGUAUAUUGCAGAGCUUUUAAUGUUCAAACUGAAAGAAUAAAGAAAAUAGUUCAUUAACAAACGGGGCAGUUCAAAGACAAGACAGUUUACAAAUAGAAAAUUUACAAAUAGGUUCUUUGGAAGUUCACACCUUUUACAGAUAAAAUUAUAAAUGUCAUGACACAAGGAUAACUGUUUCAAUCAGAGGAUAAUUAUUUCAACUGGAGGAUAGAUAAUUUAACAUAGACAAAUUUGUCCAAAUUAAAGUGACAGCUGUUUGACAUAUUUUGUAUUGACCACACACUGGCAACAAGAAGUCAUGGCUGCACCGGACAUGGAAGUGAUCAAAGACAUUCCAGGCUAUAAAGUGAUCCUUAAAGCCGUAAUCAAAACACAAAUACAGCAAUUGGUUGAACAGUUAGCGGCACACACUGAUGAAGAGUCUGUUAUUCUGACAGCAAGUGUUGCAGACGGCACACUCAGUCACCUCGGCUCUGACUCUGGCAAAGGAUUUCUUGAAGACCAUGAAGAUGUGAAAUCCCAGUUCCUUGGCUUUUGUCUCAAAAGACACCAUAAGAAAAAACAAGCCGAGAAAGAGAAGGAACGUCAACAGCAAAUGUUAGAAUCUAUGCAGCAAAUACCAAUUCCAGCACAACUUGGAUAUGGUCCUGCACCUAGAAGAAACCCAAGGGCUCCAUAUCCAAGACAGAUAUUACCAAGAGCCCCGGGUCCUGGAAUGUCCCCAGGAGGAGGUUUAAGAUCACCAAAUAUUAGACAUGAACCAUAUCCAGUUUCCCGUCCUCAGAGAAAUUCGACUGGCUCAGACUCCGGCAGAUUAUCAAUGCCGACAACGCCAGUGAAACAGGAACCCAGUGAACAAUCUAAUGAUGAUGUUAGUGAAUUAAAUAAUGUUAGUCAAUCUCCAUCUCAGUCAGUUGCAGAAGCAAAAGAUGACGAAAAGUCAAACUCUUCAUCGUCAACCAUUCCCAACGAACCUAGUGACGGAAUUACGGGUGAAUCGAGUGACAAGCAAAAAACUGAUAGUGAUUUAGACCCAAAUGUAAAUGUCAAAGUGGAAGCUAUUACUGAAUCUGAGAUGGAGUUAGAAAUAACCGGUGUUGAACCCGGUAGACCUGCCAUUCCUCAGGAUUGGGAUCCUAACAUUUCUAUGGGAAUGAAUUUUGACCCCAAUUCAGGUGCUAUGGGGACAUCAGCGGACAUGAACCAAGGAUACAAUCCUAGGUUAUCGCCGUCAAAGAGUUUUGUAUGUGAUAUGUGUAACCGGACAUUCAAGACGAAGCAGAACUUACAAGUACACAAGCGUCUACAUACAGGGGAACAGCCAUUUAAAUGUUCGCAUUGUGAUAAACGUUUCAACUCGCGAUGGGCACUGAAGUGUCAUGUGUUCAGACAUAUGAAGUAAAAGACAACUGCAAUUGGUAUCCAUCUGAUUUGCCUCUAACAAGAAAGGAUUUAACUGGCAACAGACAUUCUGACAUCUGAAGUAAAAAAAAGAAUGCAGCUGGAGUCUGUUUGAUCUUCUUAUUGAAUUGACUGUCUUUUACGGGAGUUGCGAGUUACCAGCAUCUGACUCUGUAACCGUGGUAACAAACUGAAUAUCAUUAUUUAAGGUGCUGACCAUCAGACAUACAUAACAAUAUCAGAAGUUUCAAAAGGAACAGCAAAAUUUAUUAAAAAAAAUCAUUGGUAGGAAAAGUAAUGCUUAAGUCAAUUUAUUUGAAGUAAUAAAUAAAAUACAUCUAAAUUUGUACUAUUUUACUGCCUUGUUAACUGGUCAACUAAAGCAAUAAAAUGGCAUACAGUGAAACCAAAAUAAGGCAUAUACUCUUUUUUUUUUUAAUUGAUAUCAAAGUGAAAAGGAUAGGUUGAAAAUAGGCAUGUCUGAAGAUUUCUAAUAUUUUGAUCAAUGAAUAUGUUGUAUUCAAACUAUUUUUUUUUAGCAUAAGUCAAUCUCAGGAUAUUUAGCUACCUCACCUUGUUACUUUUUCCCAGGUAAAUGACCCAAACCUUUUGAAAAUGGGCCCAAAAUUGUUGUUUUGAUAUACCUUCUUUUUAGCUCAUCUGAUUUUUUGAAAAAAAAUGAUGAGUUAUUGUCAUCACUUGAGCGGUUGUCGGCGUCGGCGUCGGUGUCGGCGUCGGCGUCGGCGUCUGCGUCGGCGUUGCCUGGUUAAGUUUUAUGUUUAGGUCAGCUUUUCUCCUAAACUAUCAAAGCUAUUGCUUUGAAACUUGGAAUACUUGUUCACCAUCAUAAGCUGACCCUGUAUAGCAAGAAACAUAACUCCAUCUUGCUUUUUGCAAGAUUUAUGGCCCCUUUUGUACUUAGAAAAUAUCAGAUUUCUUGGUUAAGUUUUAUGUUUAGGUCAACUUUUCUCCUAAACUAUCAAAGCUAUUGCUUUGAAACUUGGAAUACUUGUUCACCAUCAUAAGUGGACCCUGUACAUCAAGAAACAUAACUCCAUCUUGCUUUUUGCAAGAUUUAUUGCCCCUUUUGGACUUAGAAAAUCAGUUUUCUUGGUUAAGUUUUAUGUUUAGGUCAGCUUUAAUCCUAAACUAUCAAAGCUAUUGCUUUAAAACUUGCUACACUUGUUCACCAUCAUAAGUUGACCCUGCACAGCAAGAAACAUAACUCCGUCCUGCUUUUUGCAAGAUUUAUGGCCCCUUUUGGACUUAGAAAAUAUCAGAUUUCUUGGUUAAGUUUUAUGUUUAGGUCAAGUUUUUCUCUUAAACUAUCAAAGCUUUUGCUUUGAAACUUGCAACACUUGUUCACCAUCAUAAGCUGACCCUGUACAGCAAGCAACAUAACUCCAUCCUGCUUUUUGCAAUAAUUAUUGCCCCUUUUGGACUUAGAAAAUCAUUUUCUUGGUUGAGUAUUAUGUUUAAGUCAACUUUUCUCAUAAACUAUCAAAGCUAUUGCUUUAAAACUUGCAACAGUUUUUCACCAUCAUAAGUGGACACUGUACAUCAAGAAACAUAACUCUAUCCUGCUUUUUGCAAGAAUGAUGGCCCUUUUUAGACUUAGAAAAUCAUGGGUAGGACAAUAUUUCUAUUACACUAAAAAAAAUCAGAUGAGCGUCAGCACCCGCAAGGCGGUGCUCUUGUUUAAAGUUACUACACCAUUUGAAUUUCUUCUUGACUAGAUAGAAAAUGAUAACAUUGAUAACAGAUUCUGAACUGGUUUUGUAGUUGUCAGUUUCAUUUUGGUGAAAGUGUCACAUAUUAAGUUAUUUAUGCUUUAUAUAGGGUAUCCAAGAUUUGUAUAUAGAUACGUUUGUAAAUGUUCAUAAAUUAUGUAUAAAUGAACAUCUAAUGAUGUUUUGAAACUUUAACUUUUUGUUUUAGCUAAUAACAGUUGAUUUACUGUGGAAAUGAUAUGUAAACUUAUUUCUUUUUAUGCCCCCGGCAUCUACUGAUGCGGGAGGCAUAUAGUGAUUGUCCUGUUCGUCCGUUCGUUCGUCCGUCCGUUAGUCCGUCCGUACGAGGUUAACCAAAUGGGACAUUUCGUCUAGCAUCAGUACCCCUAGAAUGACUUGAUACUAAUGCAGAUGUAACCUGUGACCAUUCCUCAUCUUCAGACAUCACCUGACCUCAGUUUGACCUUGACCUUGAACUUAACCUCGUUUUGGACUUCGGUUGCUUUAUAUCGACAAGGAUGCCACCGGGGGCAUCAAGCGUUUAUUGAACGCAGCUCCUUUUUUGUUUUAUUUUAGAAGUUCUAUUUCUUUUUUGUUUUAUCUUAGAAGUUCUGUUUUUUUUCACCCUUUUAUACAUAAGUCAUUGCAAUCUAUCUUGAUCAUCAUUGUUUUUAAUAGAAAUUUAAAAUAAAAUAGUUCCUCAUU